AAUGUCGUCAAGCAGGAUGGAGCCCCUGGCUGAAAUGAAGUCACUGGUGAACACGCUGGGCAUGAUGCAAACUCUCGAAGGCCUUUUCCUGAAUGCGGAUCAGAUGCAGGACUCGAAUGACAACCUGGAGGAGCGGGUUCGCAGUCUGGAGGUCCUCAAGUGGCAGAUGAAGUGGUUCAACACCGAGCGUCUGAGCAUCCUGCAGCAGCUGCGUCAGACAUUGUUCCAUCAGAUAUCAGUGGAGCAGCGAAAUGCAUCGGCUAUGAGGCAAGGAAUCGUGGAGCUGCGUCAGGGACUAAACGGACUCAACAACAGGAUUAACACGAUGUCCGAGGACUGCAACUGCCCCAUAUGCCUUUGUCCUUGGACCUCGCAGGGCAAUCAUCGCGUGGUUUCCCUGCGAUGCGGUCACCUUUUCGGGAGCAGCUGUGUAAGAACGGCCAUCCGAAGAUUCCAUCGGUGCCCCAUCUGCAGGCGCAGGGCCCAACACUCCGAUGUGCGCCGCAUCUUCAGCCGACGUUUCUUUCCUUAGCUUUGGAAAAGUUAAUGUUCUAGUUCAUUUGGUUUCCAUUAUUUUAUUCUUACUAAAUUUAAAAUUUAAGGAUUUUAUUUUAACCAAUAACUGCCAUAAGGUUCCAGGAUGUAUAGUACAUAUAACAAUGAUGCAUAUACCAUUGGUCAAGCUAUCGUCACUCCACCUUUGACCAACCUUAUCGGGUUUUCUGCAAAUGUGUAAAGCAAAUGUUCGUCGCUUUAUAUUUUUUAGUAAACAAAAGUUUCAAAAGUA